AGAGGGGCGGGGUUUGAGGGAUCGAUUUCGAUUGUUGCGCCCUUUUGCUCUGGUUGAAGGUUCUAAAUCUAAGCAAGUGUAGGAAUCUGAGCGGCCUUGCGAGGCACCAAGGCGCUGUCCCGUCCCACCCGGGCCUGAAAUCUGCCCGGCGGUCCCCGCUUUAACUUUCGUCGGACCUGGCCAUGCUGCCCAAUACGGGGAAGUUGGCUGGAUGCACUCUCUUUAUAACAGGUGCAAGCCGUGGCAUUGGAAAAGCAAUUGCCUUGAAAGCAGCAAAGGAUGGGGCAAAUGUUGUUAUAGCUGCUAAGACGGGAGUACCACAACGCACACUCCCAGGAACAAUCUAUACUGCUGCAGAAGAAAUUGAAGCAGCUGGAGGAAAGGCUUUACCGUGUAUUGUUAAUGUAAGGGAAGAAGAUCAAAUUGCAGAUGCUGUGGUCCUGGCUGUUCAGAAAUUUGGAGGAAUUGAUGUCCUUGUGAACAACGCAAGUGCUAUUUCUUUAACGGGCACGCUGGAGACACCUACGAAAAAAGUGGACCUUAUGAUGAGUGCUAACACAAGGGGAACUUACCUUACAUCUAAACUGUGCCUUCCUUAUUUGAGAAAGAGUAAGAUCGGUCAUAUCCUUAAUAUCAGCCCACCCAUCAAUUUAAAUCCUAUCUGGUUCAAAAAUCAUUGUGCCUAUACUAUUUCUAAAUACGGGAUGUCCAUGUGUGUGCUGGGAAUGGCAGAAGAAUUUAGAGGAGAAGUUGCUGUUAAUGCUUUAUGGCCUCAAACAGCUAUAUACACCUCUGCAAUGGAUAUGCUGGGAGGAGCUGGUGUGGAAAAACAAUGCAGGAAAACAGACAUUUUAGCAGAUGCUGCCUAUUGUAUUUUAUCAAAGCCAAAAAGUUUCACCGGGAACUUCAUUAUUGAUGAGGUUUUAUUGAGAGAAGAAGGAAUUAAGAACUUUGAUGUAUAUGCGGUCGCUCCAGGUUAUCCUUUGAUACCAGAUUUUUUUUUAGAUGUGGAUCCUGAUACAAUAGCAAUGAAAAUGGAAGCACAAGGAGCUUCUCCAACCUUCAAAGAAGGAAAAAAACAAGAUAUUGUGAAAAAUGAAGGUCCUGAUAAAACAAAAGCCGAAGGACCUGACAGAGACAAACUACAUGUACACUUCGCUGCAGAUAAACCAGCAGGGCCCGUAGCAGAAACAUUUAAACUUAUAAAAGGAAUGAUAAAUGAAGAUAUUGUAAAGGCAACUCAAGGAGUUUAUCAGUUUGAAUUAUCCGGUGAAGAAGGAGGAACAUGGUACAUUGACCUUAGGAACAAAGGCGGCAGUGCAGGAAUUGGUGAGGCACCUGGAAAGGUUGAUGUGAUUAUGAACAUGUCUGGUAGUGACUUUGUAAAAAUGUUUUCAGGCAAAUUAAAGCCAACGAUGGCUUUCAUGUCUGGAAAGCUGACAAUCAGGGGAGAUGUUGCCUUAGCAAUCAGGUUGGAAAAACUGAUGGCUCAAUUCAAUGCCAAACUUUGAAAAUAAAUGGGGGAAAUUGGUAUCACACUGAACUUUCAAUAAAUAUGUAAUGCUUUGCUGUUGAAGAUAAUGUCUCUUAUUUAGCAUAUUUUGAUUUAAUAUGUAAUUUUCUAGAUGGGUAAUAUUUGCAUAAUAACUGGACCGUUCCUAACCUGUUUUGCUUAGAAUUAAAGAUUAGUAUUGAUUAAAGCAAAUAUUUGCUGUAAUCGCAGCACACCUGACAAAGAGUUAACAGAUCAUCAACUGACAUUAAAAACACUGAUUUAUUUUAAUUAGACCAUUAGUAUUUCUAUUUUAUUCUAUUUAAUUUAGAAAACAUCACCAUUUCCCCCCCUCAGAUUUCUAUGUAUUUCUAAAUUGAAGAUGCUAUAAGCAAUAAGUUUAAUACCAUGCAGGAAGACUCAGUUGUUCUGUUAAUAUUUUUUAAAAGUUUACAUCAGUGCAAUUUUUAAAUAAAUAACAGUAUUAUCUCUGGUGAGGGUUUUUUUGGUGUUACAUUAUUAAUGCUUGGAAGCACAGAUGCCUUUUAGAUUUUUUUCAUACAUUUCAAUAAUUAAAUGUAAGAUUUUUGUGGUGCAAAAUAUAAUAACCAAAAGAUGACAAAGGAAAGUUAAUGUUUUCUGUUUCUAUCUCUCUCCUUCCACUUAUCUAGAUUUUUUGCAGCCCAGCUUGGUAUCUCUACAAUAAUAGAAUCAGGUAUUUUGUUAAGGAGUUUUUACCUCUCUGGAAAUGCUUAUAGAUUAACAAUCAAAAGAUUUCUAGAUCCUGGUAAGAUCCUGGCCUCAGAUAUGGU